UACAGUUUGCGUCACGCGCACUAAAGAAUUGUGCAGCCAGCAUCUGUGGCGAUGAGCGCCGAUGAGUAAUUGUGUUCUCGACGAUCGGGUCCGUCAUGUCAAUCGGAAGAUAGCAUUUUCUUUUGCACUUUCUCGCAAAAUUCACGCGAAGAAUAAGCGUGUCGUUGUAGACAUCGCGCGGUUCGUUUGCGACGGAUUCGUCCCGGUUCUCGCGUCGCUCGUCGUCGGCUGGAAAAAACGGCGCUAGAUCUGGGAUAGAUUGAUCCCGCUUUUGAGGUUAGAACUCGCAUCUCUCGUCACAACGGGGGUCGAACAGUCAGCCAUGUCCGUCUCUCAGAUGGAAAAGAAUCUGUUCAACUUGAAGUUCGCGGUGAAAGAGCUGGAGAGAAAUUCGAAGAAAUGCGAGAAGGAGGAGAAGAUAGAGAAGUCGAAGAUCAAGAAGGCGAUACAGAAGGGCAACAUGGAGGGCGCCCGUAUCCACGCGGAGAAUGCGAUUCGGCAGAAGAACCAGGCCCUGAAUUACCUCAGAAUGAGCGCCAGGGUGGACGCGGUGGCCAGCAGGGUGCAGACCGCGUUGACGACUCGCAAGGUCACCCAGUCCAUGGCCGGUGUCGUCAAGGCGAUGGACGCCGCCAUGAAGUCGAUGAACCUGGAGAAGAUCUCCGGGCUCAUGGACAAAUUCGAGAGCCAGUUCGAGGAUCUGGACGUGCAGAGCUCGUACAUGGAGAACGCCAUGUCGCAGACCACAACCACCAACGUACCUCAGAACGACGUGGAUUCUCUGAUGCAGCAAGUUGCGGACGAAGCUGGAUUGGAGUUGAACAUGGAACUUCCGUCGGGACAACUCGGCAGUAUUGGCACUUCGACGGCGGUGAGCCAGGAGCAGGACGAACUAACGCAGAGAUUGGCACGACUUAGAGAGUAAUGACGAGCCGCAUUAAUGUAAAUUGUGUCAGGUGUUUUAUAAAUUAUGUAAUAUAUUCCUAACGUUACUAUGGUAAGCAUUAUAAUGGUGAUACAUGUAUUUUCCAAAUCUCGACCCUAAACCGAUCGAAAUAAGUUGACGGCCCGAGCAAAUGAGGGAGAUACAACGUUCUUAGUUGUAAAGCAUCCCGAUAGUGGGUCUCUCUCUUUUAUUAAGAUAUAAUUUUUGUAGAAAUUUGCUAGAAGGUCAUUACAUGCUUUAGGCUUUAGUAGGUAUGUAAGAAUGUUAUAGGCUACUUUGGCUUACUUGUCUACGAAGCAUCGAGUCCAUAGACGAUUGGUCUCCUACUAUUUAUUUUGCAUUUCAAGAUUAUACACCGAUUUUACAAGAUGCUUUCUAAUCACAUAACGUUACUUGCUUCCGAAGUGUAAGAGUAAAAAGAAUUUAAGCCAAGGUUCAGCAAGAAACUCACUGAAUUUUUUAUCAACGUAAUCGUGAAAUGCAAUCUCGCGGAAUGCUUUCGCUAUAAGAAUUCGUGUUGUACAUUAUAUAAAUAGAAAAUAAAUAUAUUUACCGUUCAUUA